GGCCGAGGGGCGGGGGCUGGUGGUUGCUGUGGUGUCCGUGGUGGUGUGGUGUCUCUUGCGUGUUUGGCGGUCCUGGUCUGGUUAGGCGAUGUCUGACCCAGCUCAGCAGCCUGCUCCUGGGGCCCCAGAAGGGGGAGCCCCUGGUGGGCCCCCUCCUGGGCAGUCCUCUAAUACCAGUAGUAAUCGUCGGAUGCAGCAGGCACAGGCUGAAGUAGCAGAGGUGGUUGGCGUAAUGCGUGUAAAUGUAGACAAAGUGCUGGAACGAGAUGUCAUACUGUCAAAACUGGAUGACCGGGCAGAUGCACUUCGGGCUGGUGCCUCAGUGUUUGAAAGCAAUGCAGCAGAGCUCAGAAGGAAGUACUGGUGGAAGAAUUUCAAGAUGAUGAUCAUGAUGGGAGUGAUUUGUGCUGUGGUGGUGUUGGUGAUUGUAAGGUCUUGGUUGCAGGUGGUAACUUCCAGCAGCGUAAUCUCUUUCCCAAGAAGGGAACUCCCACACUUCCUGGGGAAAUGGUAUGUUUUACAUAAUGGCAAAAGGAAUUGGGGGGGGGGAGCAUCCCUGUAGAGAUGAACUUCUGCCUGCCAGGGCAGAUGAACCUCUGAAUGUGAGGGGCAGCUGUCUUGGAGUGGGUGGGUUGGUGAGUCCGUUCCUUAGUGGGGGCUUUGGAAGUCUCUAGGUAACUGGGGGACCCUUGCUAUAACUUGCCCUUUUGUUUUCUCCUUUCUUUUUUCCUAUUGCUUUGUCUCCAGUCUACUUUUUUACUUGAAUGUAGCCCUUUCAGUCUGCCACCUACUGUCCCCUGUCACCUUGCCUGUCUCUUCUUCCCCUUAAUUCUUUCCUUCCCUUCCACCUAGCUUCUUCAUUGAUUACUGGUUUUGAUUUGCCUUCUGGAUAAGGUUUUGAAGUGUUCUCCUGAACAUGCUAUUACUCCUGCCCUUCUGUAGGGAAUGUGUGGUUUAUUUUAGAUGUGAGCUUGUCAAAUAGUGCCUCUGUGACUCUGGCAAUGUAAGAAUGCCUUAAAGCAGUGCCUUAGGGGGAUGAAGGUCUUGAGCAUAUGAGAUUCUUUAGCAUUCUGCCUAACAAGUGUGGCAGCAUGACUUAAGCUUUUUACUUAGCUUCUGAAAUAAAAGAUAGUUUGUGUUGAUCAGUGAGUGUGAUUCAUCUGACUUAAACAGUCAUUUAGAUUUCUCUUGCCAUGGAGAGGUGUGCACUUCUAGAAAUGAUUUUAACUUGCCUGUCCUUAGGUUAAGAUGACAUGCUCUCUUAAAAUGGCCAUUUUGGUGAUUAUAAAGGGGAGCCUGUGUGAUUAUCCCAGUCAGGUAUAACAGACUAAAUGCAAAGUAGACAGUAACAGAACUUAUUUCAGUUGAAAGGCAUGCUAUGCAGACAUAAGCCAGGGUGCUGUGGCUUUUUACUAGCUUUUAGCUUUCUGGCAAAGUUUGGGAUAGGGGAAGAACAGGAGCAGGAAUAGUAGUUUUGGUUUUGUGUUGCUGUGUUGAAUGUCUGAGAAGGUCCCCUAUGUGAUAAGUGGAGGUGAAAGAGGCUAGAGGUGUUUCAGAUGAGACUGAACAAGCCACACAGCUUUCUGAUUGAGAAUGCCUAUUCUGUUUCUCCUACCCCAAAGCCCUAACUUUCAGCAGGAGUUACAGAAAACUCAAAAUGUCCAGAGAUUCAAAGGGAAAUGCUGCUCUGGGCAUGUGCAAUGCAAAGUGACAUCAGGUGCCCUUGUUUGGCAGCUUAGAUAUGUCUGGCCUAUCAAACAGAAAUCCUCCUAUUAGCUACAGGCUUUCUUGGACUUGGGUCCAUGGAGGUCUCUGCUGGAAGUAAACUUAGCUCAUGAAACUCAAUGGGUUCCUGCAAGCAAUCCCCAUCUUGUCCUCCUUUGGAAUGAAUAAGAAAUAUGAAUUAUUUAAAUGUUCAAAGCUAGGGUUAAGUGAGCUGCUCUGUUCAUCAGUUUCUGCAGUCUUUUGGGAUGUGUGCUUUUUUAUUUCUUAAAAGCUGAACUGUGGCCUGUAACCUAGCCCAGAGAGAGUACUCCUUUAAUUCAGGAAGCUCUACCUCAGGUCUAGGCUACACUGGUAUCUGCCUAGGCUUAAGGAAGUGUGGAGAGGCAGGGGAGAACAUGGCUGGAGUUCGAGUAGGAGAAAUACAAAAUGGGAGGAGCAGAUGCUUUUUGCUGUGGGCAUGCUGGGAAAGCCACUUUCUUCCUCCCAGGGCAUCUGGGAAGGGGCUAGGUUUUGCAUGCUCACUUCCAUGCCCCAGCAUUUCAUCUGCACUGAGUUCAUCUCCCUGCAAUUCCAUCCCUCUCCAACUUGGGUGAGGGCAGAGAUGAAGAUCUGGAGUGAAGCAGCCCUCGUCCCCUGAGCACUUCUCUAAUUCCCUGUGGAACUGAGAUGUGAUGGACGGUCAGAAGUGCAUCUACUGAAGAGGAGCCAGGGCCUGCUUGUACUACUUAUGUUCGGGGGUGGGCAUACAAGCUUGAGACCCUCAGACCAGCAAUUCUCUUGACUUUAAACAAGUGUUUCAUGCCCCAUUUCACUUGUUCCUCUGGGGGCUGACAUCCCACUAGGUUAUCUCUUCCAUUUUUUUCUCCUGGAUGUUGUAUGUUGCCUCUUCUUCCUCUGCCUUUCCCCUCCUUCGUGUCUCUGUGCAUGGGGAAAAAAAUUACCAAGGCCCUCUGAGUAUGAAGUAAGGGACUCUCCUCCAUCCACAGCACUUCAGCCACUCAUGCAUGUGCAGUUUUUUCCUUCCUCUGUAAACACAACUGUAAUAUCUUCUGGCAUGUUAUAGUAAUCAGCUCUGUACUUUAAACAGUCUCAAAGAAACACAAUUCACCACCUUACUGAGUCUGCCUGUUCUGUCAGGGGGUGGGGAGGGGCACUGGGGUACCAAACUGCUUAUUGAAGAGCAUUUUUUUUUCUUGCCACUCUUCCAUACUACUUGCACAUCUGAAAUUCUGCACCUCAGUAAUGGACAGUCACAUUGCAAUGAUGCUAGCUGCAAUCAUACUGGAAGCAUAUGCUGGACCGAUUCAGUGAUAAGUCUAAUAGAAUAUGGGGACUUAGCAGCUCUGGAGGAAAGGCUACCUGAUCAAAUUUGGCUUCCAGCCACCAUAUGUGCAGCCCAUGUUUAGUGCAUGGAGGUAGUCCCUUGAAAAGUGCGCUGGUGGCUUUAGUUCCUCAGGCUGUGCUGCCUUCAGUUUCAAUAACCAAUCUCAGCUCCUUCAGCCAGAAAAGAUUUUCCUCCUUUUGGUGUGGGAGUGAGGUUGGGAGAUGUGCAUUCAGGGUCUAAAUGAAGAGCUCCAAGAGCAGAAUGCUGUUGACAGUGUAUCUCAGAGCAUGGCUGGAAUAAAGGUAAGUGACUGCCUCUCUUGUUUUGCUUCACUGUACACUUGAAACUCAUUGAAUAGUUAGGGAUGAGAGUCUUAUUCAGUGCUGACAUUUUAAAAUGAGGUGCUGGUUCCUUAAUUUGCCCCUGCUUUAGUCUAGGUUGCUGAACAGUAUUCACUGUGGCUUGUGGUUCUCUGGUGAUUAACAUGUUUGUUAGCAGAGUCUUAGCUCCAGUCUAAAUGUCACCAAGAUCAUAUCAGAACAGUAUAUGGUAAAUGGCGAAUUUGGAGCAGUGCAGGUAGUCUAAUUCUUUCAAAGUUGAAAGUUGUCUUGGGAAAUAACUGUCUGGACUGUCCAGUGGAUUAAAGCAGUAUGUACAAUCUAAACUUCAAUACAGAUCAGCCCUGCACAACUUGAACGAGUCCAACUACAAUUCCUGCCAAUUAGUGUGCUGCCUUCUGUUACAGUCCUCAAGCUUCUUCUGUUUUUUCUUGCUUUUUAAGAACACAAGUCUCCAGACCAUGGACUGCACCGUCCCUAGCCAAUCCUAGGGACUUGAGUGCUCUCCGCAACCAGUUGCUCUGAAGGACAAACCCAUGUGCUAAACAUGCUGCCUCAUUCCUGGUAGACCAAAAAUUGCCCUGGGAGUUGUCCAGCUCAUGAGUCAUGUGAGGCAGGCCUGCAAAGAGGUGCACAUGUCUGACUAUAAAUCCUGUUGUAGGGGUUUAAAGCUCCAUACUUUGUUGGGAGCACCUUCUGCCAGAGGUGCUAUCCCUUAAAGCAUCUGCACCUCUGCUGCUCCUGUUGAGUCUCUUAAGUGCUCAUAAUUUGUCCAGGAUAAAGCAAGACCAAGGCUUUAAUUGCACAUUUAAAGAAUUACCAGAAAUUCAAGCUCUGCCUCUAAAUGUGCAGCUCCCCUAUCAACUGCUCCAUUCUGAGGGGCUGUAACUCCUUCACAUUUGUGGGGAAAAGCCUCAACCAUGCUCUUCUUAAAUGGAUAUAUCUAAAACCUUCAGAUGUUUCUAGAUACUUUCGUCCUUGCUCUGUCCUUUCCUCAUUUCUCAUAUCAGAGCCCAUAGAUCAAAGUGGGUUCCAUGCCUGUCAGCUCUCAUCACAAGCAGUGGGUCAGUUUCUUGCUGUCAGCUGGAGAAUAACCAAAUAAUAGUGAGGAAGACAAGAAAACAUUACACUCUAGAGUAGGAAUACAGCAUCAACAGUUAAUGGAACCACCUUUCCUGUGAAGUGACAGAGGGCCUAUCUCUGAGGUAUCCAUUGGGUUUGGAACUUGGUAAAGGGAGGCAAUAAAGAUAGAAUUUUUGUACUUCUCCAUUGUUCUGCCCUCUGAGCAGUUAUUUACUAUCUCAAAGCUCUAACAGCUAAGGAUGUAGGUUUCAAAAAAUAGGUGACUCAUCCAUGCCUAUUGGAUACUUGAAUUCAGCCCAGAGUGUUUCUUCCAGACUCUCUGCAAUGCUUCUUGGAAGAUUUAGAACUGUAGAACACAGGUGAUCUCAUAUGUGGUAAUGCUGUCCCUUCAUGCAACUUGUAUUCCUGUUUACCAGCCAAAGUAAAGUUCAAAGUUGCACUUAAAACACAGCUGCCAUAGUCCUGAAUAUCUUUUUUUAAAUGGAGUUAAACAGUUAUUCAGGACAUCCUGAUUUGCUCCCCAGGUUUCCAAUGUGAACAGCCUGUAAACAACCUCUUCAGUAUAUAAGCCCUCUAAAUAGUUAUCUUGCAGUGGCAUCUCUUUUCUGAUUUCCAGUCAUCAUCCAUUUUCUGCAGUAUUUCUCUCAUUGCUUCAGAAACUCACAGCCUUCUACCCUUGUGCAUCUCCCUGUUUUUGUGUCAUUCCCCAGCUCCUUUUCUGUUCCUCUGUGCCUGCUGAUGACUUCUUUUCCUGUCUUCCUAUAAUUCCCUUUCAUAGCUUUUCUAAGCUCUGUAACUAGGAAGCUCUCCCUGUGCUUUUUAACUGUUGUGUAAGUCCUUUCAUGCAUCCCUUCAUUAUGUUAAUUCUUAUUAGAAACAUUGCUUUGCUAUCUGCCAAAUUGCUGGCUGUCACACUUUUGAGGAACAACUUUUCAACAGAUAGCAGGGUCUACCUGUAUAUAGUUCCCUCUCCUGUUGUUUCCUGCCUUCUCAACCAGCCCAUGCUUAAUUUUUCUUCCAACCCCACUAGAGCUGCAUCUUUCCUACCCUCUGUAGCUCUGUGUUGCCAUAGUGAACUAGUACUGUUCUUUCCACCCUCUGAGCUGUGCAUGACCUCUGAAUUCUCCAAAAAGACUCCACCAUAGUUCUUUAGCUUGUUGAACACUCUUCUUUCUCGUAGGUCUGUGGCCAUGCACAAACUUCAUGCCCUUCCCUAGCUUUUUCAUGGUCUUGCUGUCCUUUCCUCAAGCUUCCCUUUGUCCAGACACUUGUGUUGGUAAUUCUCCAACAGUCCUUUCCUCCUCAAAUGUUUGUUGCUGUUUGUUCCCUAGACCCUACUGCCAUGCACACUGUUCUCCUGGUAUCCUGGCACCUCCCACCACUCUAACUACUGCCCCCAUUCAAAUGUCAGUGCCCCUUCCCAACAGUUAUACAACUUUUUCACCAACCUGUGGAGUCUCCUCUUAUUCUUUUACCCUUCAGUCUUGUCUUAGGCCAUCUUGCACACCCACAUUCUUAAAUCCUUCUUGCUGAAGGGGCCUGGCUUUUCCAAACUCAUUCUACUUCCCAGUUGUUCCCAAGCUCCUUCUGACAGCUGCAGCUCCUCUCUGCCUGUGUUUCUUGGUGCCAGCUGGCAACUCACAUGACUCUUCUCCAGUAGACCCUUUGUCCCAGGAAGCUGUCCUUUCCAGCAAUAAUUCUUCAAUCCCCUCAUCAUUAGCAUCUACCCUUCUUCCCAUUCCCUAUGGUAAUGUCAAAAAAAAAAAAAAAAAAAAGCUGAUUUUAUUCCCUCACUGUGCCCUUUAUGCACAACCUCCUCUGUUUCAUCUAGAUUCCAAUCUCCUUUGACCCCAUCAACACACCACUCAUUUCCCUGCAGUCCAGCUACUCCAAAACACUGGCUGCUCCCCAAAAUUGAGUGUUUCUCCAAACUGUCCUCCACUCUUCACUCCCACACCCUUCUACAUUGGUGUUGCUCUCCAGUUAAACUGUCCUCCGCUUCCUAAUCCUUCUCAUUCCCUCCAUAUGCUCACCUUAGUUCCUAGCCUUAUGAAAUAUGCCCUUUAGUUUGACACACGCUAAAAUAAUUCUCCUCUCUUUCUGGCAGCUCCUCUUUUCUCAAAAUAUUCUCACCUGACUUCCAAAUCCUCUUAAGGAUUUGGGUAGGUACUUAAGGUAUUCGGGCCCUUUACACCCUCUCUCUGCUGGUUGUUCCCCAUCCUGAAAACUCACAACUCUUUCCUUCUGCUUCAGCAGCACCAAACACUUCCACAAUCCUCUGCUAUUCUUUUUAAGUUCUUAACCACUCUUCCCUCUUCUCCAUUUGUAAUUCCCCAGCAUCUUUAUAUAAACCUUCUUUUUUCUCAUUCUCUUUCUUCUCUUUAAACAUAUAGGACUAUCUGCUUCUGUGCUUCUUACCCUUGCAAAGCAAACCACUCUUCUUUUAUACCCUAACUCCUCCAUGAAAUGAUUUUUCCUCUCCCACACUUCCUUUCCCUCUUGAAGUAUUUCUGUUUCUCUGCCUCACACUGCAUGACAGAUGCUCCCAGUGCAAGAACACAUAACUUGCCUUUCUUCGGUGUCCACAGUUGCUCCUUACAUGUUUUCCACAUCCUCCAAAUAAUUGCACUUUGCUUCUAACAUACCUACAACUACUAAGCAUUUACAUCCCCUCAACCUCUGGUACAGAUUCACUCCACUGAAAGCUCAAAUCUUUCAUUGCUAUUUUGCUGACCCAUGAAUCCCUCAAAAAGCAAACUUUCUUCUCUCUUUUGUGUUUUGUUGAGACUAUGAAAUAAUCCCCUUUCCUCAUGUGUUUUGCUUUCCCCCCCAGCACUGCUGGACUUACCUCUCAUUUUCAGACAGACCAAAACCACUACACAUCUGUUGAACUGGUAGUUUGUGGUCUUGUCUGUCUACAACAAAUAUAGGGAUAGUCCUGGGAGGAUCACCUGAUCUCUCUCCCAAGAUGGCAGUUCAUGCACUGAUACCAGGACAGGUAGGGCUAGUCUAAUUAACAGCUUGUAUAACAACAUCAUGUUUGUACAGCCGUUUAACUCUGGAUUUACAGCUACCCAAAAUGGGGCCAUUACUGUCUUCAAGUUCAUCAAUCAAAGCCCAUUUUUUACAUAUUAACAUUUCUACAGAAAAGAUAAAUAAUUCAGUGUGGGCUUCCUCCAGGGAAAAUAUCACUUCCUUCUCUGGCUGCACUUCUUUAAGAGGUUGAAGAGAACUUCAUCUGUUUCUAGUAGUUAUGCCUCUGAUUAAUCCUCUUUUAAUUACCCACUUAACUCUUCAUGAUGCAGUUGGUCACAUCUAUUUUAUGGUUAUCACAAGGCACUUUGUCAUGUGAGGAAUCCUGUCUUCCUCUUUCCAGAAAGAGGAAAGAUCUUGCUCACAUAUGAAUUAUCUUAUAGUUAUGAUAUACAGAGACUGUUUAGAUGUUGCACCUGUUAUUUCUCCUUUCUUGAUUUGGGGGUGAUCUUGUAAAACAAAUGCCUUUACAUGCCCAGUGAUUAGCAAUGAGUUUUCCUUAUCUAGCUAUUAAAGCUGCACUGUCACUUUUUUUUGCUCAUUCAUGUGCCAGCAACUUGCUAAGGCUGUGGUCUGUAGUACUGAAUUCAUGACCAAGAAUUGUGCUGCAGGUACAGCAUGUCCUAAUUACUCUGUGUGUUCUUCCUUUCUCGUUUGAAUUGUGACCAAAGUAAUUUUCUGUUCUAGUUAUGAUUCCUAGUCACUAAACCUAAAUUUUAAAUUUGUUCUUGAGCAGUGUGUUUUUGCAGAACAUAGAAGUCCCUACAUUAAGGUAACUUUGUGGUUUCAUGCUUUCAUUAAUCACUUUCUUCUACAUCAUUUAAAUUCUCCUGUAAAUACAAAGUGGACUUUUUUUUGUGUUGAAGUCCUGAUUUUUUCCAUGCCUGCCUUGGGGAAUGCAUGUUUUCACACCUCUAAAUGCCAGUUGCUUCAGGGCUGCCAGUUGCUUAGGGGCUGCCACCGCUUUCUGAACAAGAAGAAUGCUUAAAGCUGUCCCACUGCAGAAUCACUGGGCUUCUCCUCCCAGUGGAGAAACAUCUCCUCUUUCAAACAAGGGGCAUCAGCUGCAUAUAGGGAGCUUCAGCACAGCAUUGGGAUAAAGUCUGAGGAACUGUGACUUUUGUAAUAAAGAAUAUACUGUGCGUGUCUGCAAGCAAGAAAAUCGCUCUGCUGGGAAGUGAAAUGUACAUUUAGAAGACAUUCAAGCAAUGCAGUAGCAGUACAACAGGCGUAUGUUUAACAUUUUAAAGAGAAGAAUUAGGCAUCAGCUUAUGUACCGUAAUAAAAUCCUCAAGCUUCUCAAGGAUAGUGCAUCUACCUCAAUAUUUAAAAUUUCUGCAGUUUUUAUUUUAUGUCAUAAUUAACUAGAUUCUAAAUUCAAAAGGGGUGGUUUGCAUUAUGAUUGCCUGUAUGGUACUGUGGGUCUUCGUCUAAAAUAUAUUCUUAAAGUCUGGUAUCUGUGUUUGUGUCUGGUCAAGUAGACAGUCCUGUUUACUGAGGACAUCACCCUUGCUCUUUUGAUACCACAUUAAGUGCUGUGUAACCAUCAUUGCAGUAGAAGUCUGCAUAUUUGUAAAAAUAGUAUAGCUAAGCUUACUGCAAGAAGUAAGAUGUGUGCUAUUAUGCUAAGAUCCCAUAUUAGUUCCUUAGUAAAAGGCCAUCACCACAGUUUAGAUGUAACCUUUGUCCUGGUCUUGGAUUGUCUAUUUGGUUCUUUCUUAAUAUGAUAAAGCUUUCCCUGAAAGGUUCUUAAA